CUUAUGUGUACAUAUUAUAAGUUUAGGAAUAUCAUAUCCAAUGCUAUUUGUUGUCAACAUGUAGUGUCAUUUUCUAUCUAUUUGAGAAUAAAUAACAAUGUCCUUCAAUAUAUUGAGGAGUAGCAUAUUUCAGACAGGCACUCCAUUAUAUGAUGUCAAUUUUAUUUACGUGUGGGUUAGCGGAACAGGUUCAUCACGGUCACGCCAGAAGCUGAAGUUCUGAAAGCGAAGCAGCUGAUGAUAGGUGCUAGAUUACAUUGAAGAUAGCGGUCUUGAGGAGAUUGCACAAGGAAGUUCAAGAGCUUUAGGGUGUUUCUUUCUGGUCCAUUUGCUCCAGGACCGAAUGUAUCCUUGAUGAAGCAAGACCUUAUAGCUGUCUCAGUGGGCUUCCCUAAGCAAGGAACCAUUGUAAUAUGAUCCAAUUUCGUUUGUGUGUAUUAUCAAACCUCAAACUCAAUGUAACCCUUGAUGCUGGUUUUUGGGGCCAUUGUUCAACACUGCAAGGAAUUCCAGUACGGACUGUAUGUUUGAGUACAUGAGGGUCCAUGCUAGAAGUUAGAGAUGCUUUCCUUAGCUUUUCUGGGGGAUAAGCAUCUAUGCCUCCACUACGUGCUCUCUGGCUGUGAUAGCCUCGGCAAGUUGGAGAUUAGAGACUGCCGCCCCUUUGGCGAUGACGGUGCAAAGCUGGAGGGAGACAAUGUAAUCAAUUGUUCAGUAUGUAUCCUUGUAGCUCAGAAGUUGCCAGGGCUUAAUGUUGAAGUUAUAGACGGGACACCAGACAAGAAAGUUUACCUUUGCAUCCUCUAGUUAAUCAACAAGUCAGAAUAAUAGAUACUUAUUAUUAUAGAAAUUUAUUAAAUAUUCAAUGUCAAAUUAGGAAAAAUAAUAAAUUAUAAAUGUAAAGUAGAGGGACUAAUCUUGCAAUAUUUGUUUUAACUAUUUUCCUUUUUUUAAAAAGUUUCGUUUUGUUAAAUUCUUUUCCAAAUAAAAUUAGGUUUCCAAAUAUUUUAUAUAAAAAACGUGUUUUUAUUAUUAAAUCUUUUUCCUAAAAUGAAAAAGAAAAUUUUAUUACAUAUAUUCACAAUUUAUAACCUCCCAUCUCAAAAUUUUCUUUUUUUCUUCUACUCUGUUUUUAGUUACUGCUCAAAUCUUUGAUCAUGAAGUCUAAGAAAAAAAUAUCGACUAAUUUUUCUGUCCGAUUGUAUCCUGUUGGUGUUCGUAAGAGAAAAAAUGGGAAAUUUUGCGCUGAAAUCAAACACCCAUUUAACAAAAAAUUGAUUUGGUUGGGUACGUUUGUUACUGCUGAUGAAGCUUAUGAAAGUUACAAGUCGAAAAAGGUUGAGUUUGAAGAACUAGUCAUGGCUAAAGAAGCAAAAAAGAGACAGAAAAAUGGAAAUUUUGAUCGAGAAUGUGGUUCGAGCGAAGAAAAAUCGUUAAUGGGUAUUGCUGAGAAUUCGAAUUCAUCAAAUAGGGUUGACGAAAAAAUCGAUUUUUUUGCAGAGGAUAAACAAGAAUCGUUAAUGGGUGACUCUGAGAAUUUGAAUUCGAUUUCAUCGAAUGGGGAAGAAAGUGGUGAAGAACUGUUUAAGGGGACCUGGGUGAAAAUUUCGGAGGAUAAAGAAGUAAUGUUUUCAUAUAAUUUGGGGGUUCCAAUUAUCGAUAAUUAUGGAUUUUUGUUGGGUGAAUUUAGCAAUUUGGAUGAUCUUACAUUUAUGUAAAGUAAAAAAUUGAAUUUUUUUUCUAAACAAUUUUGAUAAUACAAGAAGUAUUGAUGUAGCAAUUGUGAUUGAUUUACUUUUUAAUGAAAUACUCCUUUUGAAGUUUUAA